AUGAGCGUCUCCAAACCCCCACCACCCCCCUCAACCUCCCACCUGGCCAUCCCCCCUUCCUCCAACUCCACGUCUUCCUCAUCUGCCUCCUCCCCCUCGGUGACGCCCCACCCCACCGGUCCGCCCCCUCCCUCACCGGUCAAGAUCUCUAUGCAGGAGCACUUUGCCAUCAACGUGUGCCCGGGCCCCAUCCUCCCCAUCCCACAGAUCUCAGACUUCUUCCCGCGUUUCCACGACUACCCCUGCACGCCACCGCCUCCGAGGGAGAAGAAGAUACUAAAAGAGGAGACUUUCAACGGGGAGACGGGUGGAGGAUACAAGGAGGGGGAGAGACUCGGGGACAACGAUGGAGACAGGGAGGAGGCAAACGACUCUGAUGAUGAAGACACCUACCUGGGAACGUUGGAGUUCACCCUGCUCUUUGAUCAGGAGAACAACUGUCUUCAUUGUACAAUUCAGAAGGCUAAGGGACUGAAAGCCAUGGACUCCAAUGGACUAGCUGAUCCAUACGUCAAGCUUCAUCUUCUCCCCGGGGCCAGCAAGGCAAACAAGCUACGCACAAAAACCCUGAAGAAUACACUUAACCCAGUGUGGAACGAAACGCUGAUGUACCACGGCAUCACAGCAGCCGACAUGACCACCAAAACGCUCAGGCUGUGUGUGUGUGACAUGGACAGACUCGGACGAAAUGAAUUCAUUGGAGAGGUGAGAGUGGCUCUGAAGAAACUGAAAGAGGGCGAGAACAAGCGCUACAAUAUGGGCCUGGAGAGAAUUGCACAGAAUAAAGAAGCUAACAAUCAAAUGGUGGAGCAGGGAGCGGUCGUGACCGAGGAGGAGCGUGGACGCAUCCUGGUGUCACUGUGCUAUGACACAGAGAAGGGCUGCCUGCUGGUUGGGAUCAUACGCUGUGCCCAUCUGGCCGCCAUGGAUUCCAAUGGCUACUCGGACCCCUUUGUCAAAAUUAUGUUGCAGCCAGAUAUGGGGAAAAAGUCAAAGUACAAGACUACAGUGAAGAAAAAGACUCUCAACCCUGAAUUCAAUGAGGAGUUUUCAUAUGAAGUUACCUUGGACCAGCUGGCAAAGAAAACCCUGGAGAUCUCUGUGUGGGACUACGACUUGGGAAUGAGCAAUGACUUCAUAGGUGGAGUGGAGCUCGGCAUCAAAGCAAGCGGACAGAGACUCAGACACUGGUUCGACUGUCUCAAAAACAAAGGGAAGAAAGUGGAGUACUGGCAUACGCUCACACAGCAAGGAGCCCCCAUCAGUGACAAACCUGACUAGAUUACUUAAGACAUACACACACACACACACAGACACACACUGAUGGAAGAUGGCUGAUAAUAGAGACCAAGUAAAGCAGUAAUAAGAGCAAAGGAUAAAACAUGCAAUAAUGAAAAUGAUCAUAUAUAACGCCAAUAAUUACUGCACCAAGUAUUAUUGUAAUAUGGUAUUCAUACUAAUAUUAGUGAUGGUAAUAAGGUGUUAUCUGAAUACAUUUUUCUUUAGAGGUGAACCAAAUUGUGGCGAUGUCCUCAUUAAAGUGUUGACGUAACAAAACAAUACUCACAAAAUUGUGCUUUAGACAUUACUGUAUUGUGGAAGUAGCUCAUAUUCAAAUUUACACCUAAUGAAGAGAUUUGAGAUUAAUGUACUCAAAAUUCAUUCAGUGAAAGGCGCCAAAAGUAUGUGCAACCUAAAGACUCAUAAUGUGGUAUAUAGUUACAGGAGAGGGAAUGUUAUGGACGGGUGAUUCUGUACUGAGAAGUUUCUACUUUAGUGGUUGUUGAUCCGAUGCGAAACAACACACCGUAUUAUAAAGCACAAAAUGAUCCAUUUGGUGGAUUUGUACCUUUAACGUUUGUUUCAGUGUUCUUGUUCUUAUAUCUUUCAUUGUCUUUAAGUGACAGUGGCUUUCUAUACACCCUCAUUUCAGACAUUCACGUGUCAGUAUAUGUGUGUGUGAAUGUGUAUGUGUGUGUGCAUGAGGGCUUUGAGAAUAUGAGUGUAUACAUUUUCUGUUUAUACAGUGUGUGUGUGUGCGUGUGUGUGCGUGUGUGAGUGUGUGUGUGUGUAUAUGUAUUCACGUCAUGCCCCAGUCGUGUCUCAAUGCAACUUCAGAGCCAGAGAGAUGUGUAGAAAUAAUAAUAGCAGUGGCGG